GUUUUGCUCUCACUCUGUUUUCAUCUACUGGGUCUCUCUGAUUUAGGGUUUUUGGGGCCUUUUUGUGGUUUAUCGUUGGUUUCGGUAAUCUGGGUAUUGUUUAUUUCAUUAAAGUUUGAUCCUUUUUUUAAGGUAGUCUUAUUUGUAGCUCACUCUAGGAGUUUGAGUUUGAUGGCUCGGUUGGUACUUCCAUGCAAGAGUUCGGGUUAUGUGAGGACGAGUUUGUUGGGUUUGAUCUCAUCUGCUCCUCUUAAGUCUACGAGUCGUGUUGGGUUUAUUGAGAAUUCAGCAAAAACUGUCUGUAAACACAAGCGUUUCCUUAGUUCAGAACUUACGUGCAGAAGGAAUCAUUGUUUUCCAUUUCCUCCAUUAUAUAGGACUAAACACUUGAGCAGGAGGCUGAUCUGUUCAGUUGCUACAGAUCCGAAGCAAGUUGACAAAUCUGAAAUGGAUUCUCCAAAAGAAAUAUUUUUAAAAGACUACAAGAAGCCAGAUUAUUACUUCGAUACAGUGGAUUUGAAGUUUACUCUGGGUGAAGAGAAAACAAUCGUUAGCUCAAAAAUUACUGUGCUCCCAAGAGUUGAAGGUUCAUCUUCUCCAUUGGUGUUGAAUGGCCAAGAUCUGAAGUUACUUUCAGUUAAAGUCAAUGGCAAAGAACUAAAGGAGGAUGAAUACCAAGUUGAUUCUCGCCAUCUCACACUUCUAUCUCUGCCAAGUGGUGCAUUUACCUUGGAAAUUGUUACCGAGAUAUACCCUCAGAAGAACACAUCUCUAGAGGGGCUCUACAGGUCAUCAGGGAAUUUUUGUACCCAAUGUGAAGCCGAGGGCUUCCGUAAAAUCACAUUUUAUCAGGAUCGCCCUGAUAUAAUGGCAAAAUACACAUGUUACAUAGAGGCAGACAAAACACUAUACCCGGUUCUAUUGUCUAAUGGAAACCUUGUAGAUCAGGGAGAAUUGGAGGGUGGAAAACAUUUUUCUCUCUGGGAAGAUCCGUAUAAGAAACCUUGCUACUUGUUUGCCUUAGUUGCUGGACAGUUGGAGAGCAGAGAUGACAUAUUUGUCACUCGUUCAGGUCGAAAGGUGUCCCUAAGGAUCUGGACCCCAGCACAGGAUGUUCCUAAGACUGCACAUGCUAUGUAUUCACUCAAGGCGGCAAUGAAAUGGGAUGAGGAUGUUUUUGGCCUGGAAUAUGACCUGGAUCUCUUCAAUAUUGUGGCUGUUCCUGAUUUUAACAUGGGAGCUAUGGAGAACAAGAGUUUAAAUAUCUUCAAUUCCAAACUUGUGUUGGCAUCUCCAGAAACUGCUUCAGAUGCAGAUUAUGCUGCAAUCUUGGGAGUUAUUGGCCAUGAGUAUUUUCACAACUGGACUGGAAAUAGAGUAACAUGCCGUGAUUGGUUCCAGCUUAGUCUGAAGGAAGGUCUGACUGUCUUCCGUGAUCAGGAAUUUUCAUCUGACAUGGGGAGCCGGACUGUGAAGCGGAUUGCUGAUGUUAUGAGACUUAGAAACUAUCAAUUUCCACAGGAUGCUGGUCCCAUGGCCCAUCCUGUACGACCACACUCAUACAUUAAGAUGGAUAACUUCUACACAGGUAUGUAUCAAUUACUUUCACUACGGGGAAGAUUUUUUCUAUUUUCUGUAAUAUUGUAAGGAAAUAUCUGACUCUUCUUGGCUCUUUUUUUUCUCCUCUUCUUUCAGGUGUAUGAAAAGGGAGCUGAGGUUGUGAGAAUGUAUAAGACUUUAUUGGGGAGUCAAGGGUUCCGAAGAGGGAUGGAUCUUUAUUUCAAGAGACAUGAUGGGCAAGCUGUCACUUGUGAAGACUUUUUUGCUGCCAUGCGUGAUGCCAAUGAUGCAGAUUUUGCUAAUUUCUUGCACUGGUACUCGCAAGCUGGGACCCCUGUGGUCAAAGUUAUAUCAGCUUACAACCCCGAAGCCCGCACUUUCUCUUUGAAGUUUAGUCAAGAUGUACCCCCAACUCCAGGGCAAUCAGUAAAAGAACCCAUGUUCAUUCCUGUGGCAAUGGGUUUGCUGGACUCUACAGGCAAAGACAUGCCUCUAUCUUUGGUGUAUCAUGAUGGGAAAAUGGAGUCUAUUGCAAACAACAAUAAACCAGUUUACAGUACAGUUCUUCGAGUAACCAAGAAAGAUGAAGAAUUUGUAUUCUCUGAUAUACCGGAGCGACCAAUUCCAUCUCUAUUGCGUGGCUAUAGUGCCCCUAUUCGUCUUGAAUCUGAUCUCACAGAUAGUGAUCUAUCUUUCCUCCUUGCGUAUGAUUCAGACGAGUUCAAUCGAUGGGAGGCCGGACAAGUGUUAGCACGGAAAAUGAUGCUCAACUUGGUUGCUGACAUUCAACAGAACAAACAGUUGGUGCUAAACCCACAGUUUGUGCACGGGCUUAGAAGCAUACUAAGUGACUCAAGUUUGGAUAAAGAAUUUAUUGCAAAGGCAAUAACUCUGCCUGGUGAGGGGGAAAUAAUGGACAUGAUGGAAGUUGCGGAUCCUGAUGCUGUUCAUGCUGUUCGUACCUUUAUAAGGAAGCAACUGGCUUCUGAACUUAAAGCAGAACUGCUCACCACGGUCACAAACAAUAAAAGCUCAGAGGAGUACCAAUUUGACCAUUCGAACAUGGCAAGGCGUGCUUUGAAGAAUAUUGCUCUCGCAUAUUUGGGAUCCCUUGAAGAUCCCACGCUUACUGAGCUCGCGCUGCGUGAAUAUAGGUCAGCCACAAAUAUGACUGAUCAAUUUGCAGCCCUGGCAGCAUUAUCUCAAAGCCCUGGUAAAACUCGUGAUGAUAUUUUGGCUGAUUUCUACAGCAAGUGGCAGGAUGACUUUUUGGUUGUAAAUAAAUGGUUUGCACUUCAAGCCAUGUCUGACAUUUCUGGUAAUGUUGAAAAUGUUCGAAACCUCCUGACCCACCCGGCAUUUGACCUCCGCAAUCCAAACAAAGUAUACUCCCUUAUUGGAGGUUUCUGUGGGUCUCCUGUGAAUUUCCAUGCAAAAGACGGCUCCGGUUACAGGUUCCUGGGAGAAAUUGUUUUGCAACUAGACAAAAUUAACCCACAGGUUGCCUCCCGGAUGGUGUCAGCCUUCUCAAGGUGGAGGCGCUACGAUGAAACCCGACAAAACCAUGCCAAGGCACAGUUGGAGAAGAUCAUGUCCACCAAUGGGCUGUCGGAGAACGUGUUUGAGAUUGCCUCAAAAAGCUUAGCUGCUUAAGUUGAUUUCAUCUGUUUCUGGAGAGAUGAACCUACUCAAUAUACAGAGAUGCAUUUGCCACUAGUUUCAGCAUAUAGAGAAAGCCAACAUUUCCUUGCUUCUCUUAUGCACAGAACAUCUCCCUGAACCUUGGUAAUAUGCUUUGUUACCUAGUACCUGCAUCUCUGCCAAAUCCAUAGAUAGACAAUGCAUGUUCACCUUUAAGAAAUUAGUGCACUCUCUGAGACAUGUUCAUGAACCUUCUUUUGGGGUUUGAGACCUGUUAUGAAUCAUGAUAUUUGAAUAUUUUUUCCUUUAAUGAAGUAUUGAAUAAGGUUAACAUUUCUUAUA